UUCACGAGUGCGACAAGCGACAUGCCAUCAAAGGCUCAAAGCUGCAGCGAUGGAGUCCCUCAUAAAUCCCCAACCCCUAGCUUUCCGUUCUUUCCUCCUCCACGCGAAUCCGCAUCUCCACACUCCAAUCAGCGCUCCUCCGUCCCCGUUCUUUCCUCCUCCCUUCAGCCAUCGCAGUCGCAGCGCAGGUUCUUGGCUGGUUGCUGGUGUCGACAGCGAAGUCCGCAACUCCAAUCCUGCCUGCGCUCCUCCCUUCCUCCGUCCUCACUAAGCACCCGCGCACGCCGCCUGCCUGUCGAUUGAGAUCUCUUUCACGCCCCUUUCUGCCAUCGCACAACUGAGCCGCAGCUAGUAACAUCCAUUUUGCUGGUCAAUAAGUCGUGGGAGGAAGAAGAUGGAUUAUUUGAAGGUGCAGGUGGUAGAGUCAUCAUUUGUAGUGCCGAGCGAGCCGACGCCAACGAAGGCGCUCUGGCUCUCUUGCUUGGACAUGGUUCAGUCCAACAAAGCCCACACCCCAACGAUCCACUUGUACAGCUCCAACGAUGCUGCGGCGGCUGAUUUUUUCGACCUGGGCAGACUCAAGAAGGCUACGGCCAAAGCCUUGGUGGCCUUCUACCCCCUCGCCGGCCGCCUCGUCGACAGCGACGAUGGUAGGAAGGAGAUCAGCUGCAACGGCGAAGGUGCACUCUUUGUUGUCGCUCGCGCGGAUGGUGAUCUCACUAUCGAUGAAGUCAAGAAAUUCAAGCCAUCGCCAGAGUUGAGGAGGCUGUUUAUUCCACUCAUCGAGCCAUCGUCCAUCAUAAUGGCCAUACAGGUGACUUUCUUGAAGUGUGGAGGUGUGGUGUUAGGAACAGCUAUCCACCACGCCGCCACAGACGUUUCAAGCGCGUUCCACUUUUUUCAGACAUGGUCGGCGUUCUGCAAGCAUGGUGACAGUGCUGCCGUGGAGCUCCCGUGCCACGACCGCACCCUACUCCGCGCACGGUCCCCGCCCACAGUCCACCCCGACGCGCUCUCGACAUUGCAGCCUCGGCUCGUCCUCACUGAACCCGAGGGGCCUCUUGCCAUCGAAAUCUUCACCAUUUCCAGGGACCAUGUCGCCUCCCUGAAGCAGCUCUGCGGUGGCACGAGCACCUUUUGCGCCGUCAGCGCUCUCAUCUGGCAGUGCGCGUGCGUUGCACGACGGAUCCCACCGGACUCUCAGGUGCGCGUGAUGUUCCCGGCCGACGUCCGCCGCCGGAUGAGGCCGCCCCUCCCGACCCACUACUUCGGCAACGCAGUGAUCAGGCUAUACGCCGCUGGCCCGGCAGGGGACAUUGGCACGGCGGCGUUGGCAUCCGUCGCUGCCCGCAUCAAGGGCGCCGUCGAGCGGAUGGAUGACGAGCUGGUGCGGUCCGCGAUUGACUACUACGAGAUGGCCGAGACGAACAAGAGACGGACUGGGACAGGCAUCUUACCACGGACGGACCUGAAUAUUACCAGCUGGUUGGGUAGGCCACAGCACGACGCAGAUUUUGGCUGGGGAAAGCCGCAAUCCAUGUCGCGGGCGGAGUCUGUCCGCGGCGGCUCUAUGCACUUGAUGAACGACGACGGUGGUACCGGCGACGUCCGCGUGCUCGUGUGCUUGGAGGCUGAAAAUAUAAAGGAGCUAGGACGGCUGCUUUAUGCAAAGCUCUAGCAAGCUGCUAGUGCUAUGCUCUAAAAAUAAUAAUAUUAAUAAUAAGGUUUGUUACUAUGCUUAAGGGGAACCAUACUUUUUCCCUCGCGAUUUAUUAUUAUUAUGGCAGUUUCAAUAAUGAAAACCAUUUGUAAUUCCUGUGACAAUUAAUUUAUGCGUCCACGCUAGAAAUAAAAACUUGUUUGUAAUACUACAGUUUUUUUUUGUUAUGGCAGUUUCAAUAAUGAAAUCCGUAUGUAAUUCCUGUGACUA